CGGCUCAAGUUAUUCCAUUUUGAAUCCAAUCAAAUAAAACGAAAACCCUACCCUCCCUUUCAAAAUUUAAACUCGACACUUCAGUUUAGCUCUCCCUCUCUCUCGCCAAUUUCUUUACUUUUUUCAAAAAUUCUCAAUCUAAUAUCUUUUCUAAUCUCCUAAUUUCUCUUACUAAAUCGUUUAAUUUUCUCCCUUGAUUUUUCUUUUCUUUUUUCUAAUAAUCGAGAUCUCUUUUCUUUUUUUUUUUGUAAUCAAAUGGUUGAAAUGUGCUCGGAGAGUUGCGAUCAGAUCGUUCUUGAAAAAGAUCAAACGGUGGAGAAUGAACCGAAGCCUUCUCCGAAGUCUCACAUUGAAAUUUUAGAAGAGAAUACCGAUUCCAUGGAUGAAGAUACUAUAUCCAGCAUGAACCAAGAAAUAUCUUCAGCUCAGGGGCCAACUCUUCCAAUAUUACAGAAAGUUAUUAAUUUGAGUAACAGUGUUCAGAAUUUGAAGAAAGAGCAUGAAAUUCUGUCUGAUCAAGUGAAGUCUUUUCCUGGUCACGACAUUGUAGGAACGCUUCAGCUUCUCAAUAAUGAAUAUGACCUUCUGAAGAAGAAGUACCUGGAUGAGUCAUCAGAGAGGAAGCGCCUUUACAACGAAGUUAUUGAGCUUAAAGGAAACAUCAGGGUUUUCUGCAGAUGUAGACCUCUAAACCAAGUUGAAAUUGCGAAUGGUUCCUCCUCUGUAGUUGAAUUUGACUCAUCCCAAGAUACUGAGUUACAGAUAGUUUCUUCUGAUUCGUCCAAGAAGCAAUUCAAGUUCGACCAUGUAUUUAGACCUGAGGAUGGCCAAGAUGCUGUAUUUGCACGAACUAAACCCAUAGUAACUUCUGUAUUGGAUGGUUAUAAUGUUUGCAUAUUUGCUUACGGGCAAACUGGAACUGGGAAAACAUUUACUAUGGAGGGAACACCAGAAAAUAGAGGAGUUAACUACAGGACAUUGGAGGAGUUGUUUAGAGUUGCUGGAGAGAGAGGGGGUGUAAUGAAAUAUGAACUAUUUGUCAGCAUGAUGGAGGUCUACAAUGAAAAGAUAAGGGACCUCCUAGGAGAAAGCUCCAACCAGCCUACUAAAAAGUUGGAGAUCAAGCAAGCAGCAGAAGGGACACAAGAAGUUCCAGGACUUGUUGAAGCUUGUGUUUACAGUACAGAGGAAGUGUGGGAGCUACUAAAAUCUGGAAACCGGGUCAGAUCAGUUGGAGCUACCAAUGCCAAUGAAUUAAGCAGUCGUUCUCACUGCUUGUUGCGUGUAACUGUAAGGGGAACUAAUUUGAUAAACAGCCAAAAGACUAAGAGUCACCUGUGGCUGGUAGAUUUGGCUGGCAGUGAGCGUGUUGGAAAAAUCGAAGUUGAAGGUGAAAGGUUGAAGGAAUCCCAGUUCAUAAAUAAAUCUCUCUCAGCCCUUGGUGAUGUAAUUUCCGCCCUUGCAUCCAAAACAGCCCAUGUUCCUUACAGGAACUCAAAGCUCACACACAUGCUACAGAGCUCUCUAGGAGGAGAUUGCAAGACCGUGAUGUUUGUACAGAUCAGCCCGUCUAGUGCAGACCUUGGUGAGACCCUUUGUUCAUUGAACUUUGCUAGCCGAGUUAGGGGGAUUGAAAGUGGUCCUGCCCGCAAACAGGUGGACCUUACCGAGCUUUACAAGUACAAGCAAAUGGCAGAGAAGUUAAAACAUGAUGACAAAGAAACAAAGAAGUUGCAGGACAAUGUACAGUCCUUACAGUUGAGACUUUCUGCCAGAGAACAUAUAUGCAAAAGUCUCCAAGAAAAGGUUCGUGACCUAGAAAAUCAGUUAGCAGAGGAACGGAAAACCCGAUUAAAGCAAGAAUCCAGAGCUUUUGCUGUUGCUGCUUCUACUAGACCAUCUCUUAAACAAGCGACUGAGAAUACCAAAGCGGAUAAAAAGCCGCCACUCGGUCCAUCAAAACUGAGGUUACCGUUGCGAAGAAUCACCAACUUCAUGCCCCCAGCAUCACCUAUGGCCACAAAAGGAAAGGCAACUAGAAUGUCCAUGGUAACAGCACCACCAUCAGAUGACAAAGAAAACAACUCCGAAACCGUGAUGGCACCACCAACAAACACGAAAAACCUUUUGAAACCGAGACGUACUUCCAUUGCUGUCAAACCUCCGGUCAAGACACAAGCUUUUCAGCCUAAAAGGCGAGUAUCCAUCGCUACCCUCCGUCCAGAUGCCCACAUGACAACAACACCACUCCGUCGGUCUGCUUCCGGUUUCAACAAUGUUGGUACAAUGGAGAGACCGUCAUUGGCGCCUGAUCCCAGGAAAGCAAGGUAUUCUAGAUUGUUUUCUCCAUUGCCAGAGUUUAGUAACCCAUCAGAGACAUCACCUGCAGCCAUGAGAAGCAGUAGCAAAUUCAUGGGGAGCCCUCCAGCCGCGCAAGCGGGUUCAUUGAAGCCAAGACAUACGACCGUUGUUGCUUUACAACGGAAAUCGUUGGUGUGGAGUCCCCUAAAGUUAAAAGGUAUGCAAAGUAGUUACCGGAAGUCGUCGUUUUUGCCUUUACGACAUUCUUCCGAUAAGGAAUGAAGGUUUGAAUUCGACUCACUGUUGCUACCCUGUUAAACGGGUUAAUUACCAGAAGUGAACAUGCUGUUCUCUAUACAUUCAUUCUUCUAUUAUUGCGUUCCAUAUUUUCUGUGAUUUCUAGACCAAGGAGGCUCCUUCAAGAAUCGUAUACUUACAUUCUUGUAUUUUGGUCCUAGAAGUUGGAUGAAGUUUACAAUUUCCUCCCUUUUUUUGCCAAAAAGGGCUACAAAUUCUAAUUAGCGUAGUUUUUUUUUUUUGUCAUAUUGAGUAUGUUUUGCCCACGAAUUCGCCUAGCUUCAAAUUUUUUUAUAUGGUUUUAAUUAUAUUUUAAUAGAUGUUUAUUAAAUUUUAA